AGUACGAGAGUGGCGCCGUGCGGCGCGCGCGAAGGAGAUCGAGCGCAAAGCGCGAGCGACCAAUCACAGCCGAGACUUACCGAGCACCCGAGCACCGCCAUGUUGAAGCUCGCGGGACUCGUGCGAUCGGUCGAUUCCUCUCCUCCGCUCGAGCUUCGUCGCUUACGUUUUUGCAUGUAUGUGCUGCCGGCUUUAUUACGCGCGAAAUGGCGCGACGCUCCGCUCGCGCGUCGCGCCUCCCCUCGCCAGUCCACCCAUUCUCCUGGUACCGGUCUAUCCGCGGCGCGAAGGGCGCGCGGGGUCGCUGCAAGUUUGCCGCCGUCGAAUCGCGCGAGUGAAGUCGGAGGUCGGUGCAAGGAUCGGUGUGGAGGUUCGAGAAGCAUGACGCGGUGCUGACGUUUAUAUCGCAGGCGUAUCGCCGCGUAUGCACCUCGCAGGAGCAGAUUCGAGUCGGCCGCCGCCGCCGCCGCCGCCGAGAAGCCGUAGCCUGAGAGACACGUUGCCUACGUGACUCUCGGGGCGUAGACGAUGCCUCACGAUUCGCGCGAAGCGACGCAGGCGACGUCGUACGGCGAGGUGAGAGGAGCUGAAGCGGGUCGGCUCGUCGCCGCGGUGGUGGGGUUGGCCGGAGUGUUAGUAAGCAGAGCGGCCAUCUUGUCGUGUUCAGUCGGAAACCAACUGCCGAGCAGUGAGGGAUGGUGUAGAGAGGAGACGAGAGGUCAGAUGUGUUAGGCGAAGGAUUUUUUAAUGCGCUUCCGAGCCCGGCUGCCGCUACGUGCGAGAGGCUGUGCGAUAGCGACGACGGAGCCACAACGACCACCGCGGGAUUUUCGCGUGCGAAAAGGCCCGGUGCAUCCGGUUAAAAACCUUGUGUGGAGGGGGAGCUGCGGAGGAGCAGGAGCAGGAGCAGGGGGAGGAGGAGGAGGAGGAGGAGGUGGAGGAGGACGAGCGAGAGGCUGACUGCGAGCCUAGCUUCUCAUCGGCGAAAAGGCUUGGCCGCUUGGUUGUGUUGAGAGAGGAGUGGACGAGAGAGAUACGCGGCGAAGAGGAGAGUGAGAAGAAGACCAGCACGUAGGAUGACCGACCGAGAGAAAGUGCAGUGUCAAAGUCUGUGAUAGUAUUUAUUCGAAAACAACAACAACAACAACAACAAGGUUUCGCGCGUCUGUAGCGAAACAUCGUCGGCAACAGCAGCAGCAGCAGCAUCUCUCGUGGACAGUGUCAUCGUCGUUCGAGAGAUAGAGAUAGAGAUAGAGAGAGAAAAGAGAGAGAGAGAGAGAGGAGAGAAAGAGAGAGAGAGGAGAGAGGCAGGACGAAGAGGAAGAGGACGAAGAGUCGUGUGCGCUGAGAGAGACGAAGCUGCGGAGUGUGAAGAGAGACACGUAGAAGAUAGACUUUAUAUAUUUAUUUAUAUCUGUGAUACCGACGCGCUGAUAUACAUCAACCCUCUUCGCGCGAGAUACGAAGACGUGGACGAGCGAGAGGAGCAGAGAGGGGGAGAUUAUAUCAGUCUCUUAGUAGAUAGGCGUUUUUGUAAAUACGACUGACUCUUUUUUAUAAUUACUGCUAGCGGUGCGAGUCGUGAGACAGAGAAAGAGAGAGACAGAGAGAGAGAGAGAGAGAACAGAAAACGCGUGCACGGACGGAUCUCUCAUUGGAGGUGAAUCGCCGGAAAACUCCCAGAUAUUGUCCGAACAAGCAGCAUCACGCGGUCGCAGGGAAACAUGGUGGAGAAGAUCUUGGAGGAGAGAGAGGACGGCACUCAGGAGGCCGGACGGGGCGACGGUACCUGCCGGGACGUGGCGUCGACGGGGGAGUCUAUGAGCGCGGUGCAAGCCCGUCAGGAAGAAGCGAGACGCAAGAGGCGCAGGAAGAGACGCUCCGGCUCAUCCUUGGUGUCCUCCUGCUUCCAAGAACUGUACAAAUUGACUGGUGAGGUACUCGGUGAGGGCGCUUACGCCUCGGUCCAGACAUGCACGUCCCUCUACACGGACCUUGAGUAUGCCGUGAAGAUCAUCGACAAGAUCCCCGGGCAUGCUCGCGCCAGGGUAUUCAAAGAGGUCGAGACGUUCCACCAUUGCCAGGGUCACCCGAAUAUCAUUCAGUUGAUCGAGUUCUUCGAAGAUGAGGAGAAGUUCUACCUGGUAUUCGAGAAAGUCAACGGUGGUCAGCUGUUGAACAGAAUCCAGGAGCGAGUUCACUUCACCGAGAGGGAGGCGAGUCAGAUCAUCAAUGAGAUUGCGAGCGCGCUCAACUUUCUUCAUAAGAAAGGGAUCGCCCAUAGAGAUCUCAAGCCGGAGAAUAUCUUGUGCGUGUAUCCGGACAAGUUGACGCCGAUCAAGGUGUGCGACUUCGAUCUCGGUUCAGGCAUCAAGUUCAACAAUUCUUUGUCAAGUCCCGUGGCUACACCGCAACUUUUGACACCGGUCGGUAGCGCCGAGUUUAUGGCGCCGGAAGUGGUCGAGGCGUUCAUCGGCGAGGCCAAUUAUUACGACAAGCGUUGUGAUCUCUGGAGUCUCGGCGUGAUCAUGUACAUCUUGCUGUGUGGCUAUCCGCCUUUCUACGGGAACUGCGGCACCGAUUGCGGCUGGGGUAGGGGCGAGAAUUGUCAGGCUUGUCAGGAAUUGCUCUUCACCAGCAUUCAAGAGGGCAGGUACGAAUUCCCGGACAAGGAAUGGAGGUGCAUCUCUGAGGACGCCAAGGACUUGAUCAGAGGUCUGCUCGUCAAGGAGGCUCACCGAAGGCUCAGUGCAGAUAAUAUUUUGAAACACCCCUGGAUCAAUCCCGGACCGACCUCCGUCGAAACUUGCGAUCGACCACUUACCACGCCUCAUAUCAUAAGGAGGAACAACUCCGCUAGAGAACUCUCAGCAUUCGCUGAGUCCGCAAUGGCUGUGAAUCGUGUGGUACUUCAGCAUUUCUCUCUUAACCUCGAGGAUUUGACGGAGAACAGGGAGCCGCGAUUGUCCACGUCGUCCACCGAUGACGACAAUCAUCCGUACGGACACAUGUCCGACUCAAGCAGCGAACUGUCCGAGAACAGCAAGCACUUCGCGACGCAUUCCUCCAGCGAGUUCGACGCCACGCGAACGCAGAAGUCGUCCUCCUCCGUGCUCUCCAACGUCGACCUGAGCGAUCCGAAGAUCAUCGGCAAAAAUCGCGUCCUCGGCAAGGACUCGCUGCACCUGUUCGGCUUGUCACCGCCGUGCGAGAGCCGUCUGAUGCAACGUCGUCUGAAAGCGCGCUCGGAUCUGCUCGAACGUCAGUCCGGCAAAGCGGUAAUCGCAUCCCCGAGUGGCUAAGAUGGUUGUUGUAAAGAAAGAAAACAAAGUAUAUCGUCCUUUCUCUCGCUACAGUAUAACUUGUCUCUUUGUAACUUGCACGCGAGAACGCGAAGAUGUACAAUACUUUUUCCAACGGCUUAGAUCGGUAAUGAUAGUAUGUAAAGCGACAAAAAAGAUGUGCCGUUGAGUCUUCGACUCUGCGCGGACGAAGGUAUAUAUUGGAUACGCGAAAAAAAAAAAAUGGAGAGAACAGGCUCUCGAUCGUUUACACAAUAGAGAGCAGUUACGACGGCAAACACAGUAACUCACCAGAUAAAUUCUGUAAGAUCCUGCCGCGAGAUUAUUAUUGGAGAGAAAAAAAAAUAUAUCGUUAUCUUCUUUUUUUUUUUUUUCUUUUUCAGUAGCCGUAAGCCUCAUUUGUCUCUGAAACUUUCCUUUUUAGCGUACGGUUCGGAUGAUAAGCAGAUGUUUUUAUUUCCAAUGUCCAAAGUCCUCCCUCACUUUCUCACGUGUCUCAUCGAUCGCCCAACAAUUAACUUUUAAUCAAUCGGUUAAUAAUAAUAAUAAUCAUCAUGACGUGUUACAUAGAGAGCGUAAAUACACUAAACGUAUUUAAACCAAGAAAAAGGUAAAUAAGAUAUAAGUACACGUACGAUUUCGUUUAGAGCGUAAAUCUUAAUUGUAGCGUGUAAUAACAAGGCAAUGCGCUGUGUGUGCGCAUUCGCGAGAAAGUGUACCUCACUUUACGCGCGGUACGUAAAUAAAAAUCGAUACUUAUCGCGGAUCUUCGGGCGAAAGGGCGGGAAAAAUCCGCUGUUUGACUUCGGCUCUCGACGUCGCGCGCGCGCGCGCGCGAAUAAUCCUUUCGUUUCCCUUGGAAAUAAAAGCAAAUCUGAUUACAUCUAACCCUGUCAAAUCAUCCGCGCUGCGUGUCAUCGGUUAUUCCACGCGGCUUAUGUAUGUACAGUUAUACGUUGCAUAUUGUACAGUAUCUAGGAGGUAUCUACGCAACACACGCGCAUCGACAGCAUCCACAUCACACGUACACACGACACGAACGAGAGAGUCCAUGUACCGAAUCUCACACACUCUUCAUUCAUCCGUACACAUCGACGUGAUUCGCGCGAGUCAGUCUCGCGAUUUGCGCGAGAUGACUCGGGAGAAUGUAUCGUUGCGUCAACCGCCGUUGGCGCGCAGACCUUUAUUCUUAUCGUCACGAUAGUGCACGUCGAGUAAUAACACACACACACACACACACACACACAUAUACACGCAUACACACAUACACACACGCGCGCGCGCACGCGCGUUCAUGUGUAGACAGGCAGAUUACAAAGAAAACGUAAAAAAGCAAAAAAAA